AAAACUAUCAUGAGUACGUUGGAGACACUGGUUCUAGCAUUAUGUUUUUUCUCUUCCUUUCUGUAACAAAUUCUUACGCCGUUGCUGCCACUUCCGUCGUUGACUUUCCAUCGUUGAGAGAUGGGUCGUGUCAUCCGUGCUCAGCGUAAAGGAGCUGGGAGUGUCUUUCGCUCCCACACAAAACAUCGUAAAGGUGCUCCAAGACUACGAUCUCUAGAUUUUGCAGAAAGGCAUGGUUACAUCAAAGGAGUUGUAAGGGAUAUUAUACAUGAUCCUGGCAGAGGAGCUCCAUUGGCAGUUGUUCACUUCAGAGAUCCUUACAGGUUCAAAACACGUAAGGAGCUCUUCAUCGCACCUGAAGGAAUGUACACAGGUCAAUUCCUUUAUUGUGGAAAGAAGGCCAAUUUACAGAUUGGCAAUGUGAUGCCGGUGGGAGCUAUGCCAGAAGGAACUAUUGUCUGCAAUUUGGAAGAGAAGACUGGGGACCGCGGCCGUUUAGCCAGAGCCUCGGGCAACUAUGCCACAGUGAUUGCUCACAAUCCUGAUACAAAACGCUCCAGAGUUAAGUUACCUUCUGGAGCCAAGAAAGUCAUUCCAUCAGCCAACAGAGCCAUGGUCGGUAUCGUGGCUGGAGGAGGCCGUAUUGACAAGCCCGUGCUGAAGGCUGGUAGAGCAUACUUUAAAUAUAAGGCCAAGCGAAACUGCUGGCCUAAGGUACGAGGUGUUGCUAUGAACCCAGUGGAGCAUCCUCAUGGAGGUGGUAACCAUCAACAUAUUGGUAAAGCCUCCACUGUCAAGCGAGGUACAAGCGCUGGUAGGAAGGUUGGUCUCAUUGCUGCCAGGAGAACAGGAAGGAUCAGAGGAGGAAAGAAAGACAACACCAAGGGAGACGAUUAAAUGUUAUAUUGUGUUUUGGAUGUCCUCUCAUUAAAAAAGUUGUAAAUA